AUGCUCGACAAGCGCGCGCCUACCACGCCGUCCGCCGAUCCCUUCUACAAGCCCUCGGCCGCGCAGCUCGCCAGCUGCGCGCCCGGCGACGUGCUCAACAGCCGCAAGGUCGAGGUGGCCUUCUGGUCGCAGACCAACUUCGGGCAGAUCCAGGACUUCAACCAGAACGUGCAGGCCGCCUACCAGAUCCUCGCCUGCUCGCGCGACAUCAACGGCCAGCCGAGCAGCACGGUGACGACGGUCAUGGUGCCGUACAACGCCAAGAGCAGCCCGCAGCGCCUGCUCGUCUUCCAGAGCGCCGAGAACUCGGCGUCGCGCGACUGCGCCAUCAGCUACAAGCUGCUCAAGGGCUCGGGCCGCGGCGACUACGACUUUGCCAUCGAGCAGAUCCUCAUCAACCGCGAGCUGAGCCAGGGCAUCAUCGUCGCCUGGACGGAUCACGAGGGUCCCGACGCCGGCUUCUCCGUCGGCAAGCUGGCGGCGCAGGCGGUGCUCGACGGCACGCGCAGCGUGCUCAAGUUCGGCACCGUCAUCAAGAACCCAUCGAGCGUGCGCAUCGCCUUCUUCGGCUACUCGGGCGGCGCCCUCGCCACCGGCUGGGCCGUGCAGGAGCAGCCUGUGUACGCGCCCGAGCUCAGCUCGCGCAUCGUCGGCGCCACGUACGGCGGCCCGCCGAUCAACCCCAAGAAUACGUUCCUGCUGCUCAACAAGGGCCAGGCCGCCGGUGUCGCCUUCGCCGGCCUCGCGGGCGUCGGCAACAUCUACCCCGACACCAACGCCUACCUGCUCGAGCAGGCCACGGACGCCGGCAAGAGUCAGCUGGCGGCGUUCCGCGGCCCGCCGGGCUACUGUCUCGUCGAGGCCGUCAAUGCGCUGCAGUUCCAGGAUGUGUUCAGCAUGUUCAAGUCGCCGCAAGACGUCGUGCUCAACGCGGCGCCCAUCAAGAGCGUCCUCGACGCCGGUAUCCUCGGCGGCAGCAAUGCCCCGAGCACUGUGCCCUCGUGGCCGGUGCGCAUCUUCCAGGCCAACAUCGACGAGAUCGUCGUGACGGGCGACGUGGACAACUAUGUCAACGGCUUCUGCGACAAGGGCGCAAAGGUGCUCUACGUCAAGGAGUACGUCGGCGAGCACCAGUCGCUGUCGAUCACGGGCACGCCUGCGGCGCUGGCGUGGCUCGACGACCGCUUCAACGGCGUCGACGCCGGCCUGAACGGCUGCAAGCGCGAGAACACGGCCAGCACGCUCAUCAGCCUGCAGGCGUACAGCGUGUUUGGCCAGACGCUGCUCAACCAGCUGCUGGCCAUCUACAACGCGCCGCUCGGCCCCGUGCUCAGCUUCGGCGAGAAGCGCGUGGCGACGCAGGGCGGCAGCGUCACGAGCCUCAACCGCAACUCCAUCCUGGACCUCAUCAACUCCGGCCGCGCCACGCCCAGCAAGAACCCCACCUCGUCGGGCAACUCGACCGAGCCGGCGGCGAGCAGCAGCAACAACUCGACCAGCUCGGACGGCCAGACGCAGAGCAAGGCCUCGUCGACGACCAAGACAACCAAGAAGCCCUUCUGGCAAAUUUGGUAG